AUGCCUAUCUUCAAGUCGAAGCAGCCUCCAAUUCAGAUGCCAUGGCAUCUCCCUGUAUGGACAUGGCUCUUCGAUUCCGAACACAGUCCUCUGCGGAACUUCAAGCCAGAAGAGGUCAAAGGAUUCACCAAUGCUGCCACCAAAGAGCAUCUGAGCUACACCGAUAUGAAAGAGCAUACCACUCACCUAUCAACGGCACUGGUCAAGAGGUACGGCCUUGAGGAAGGACAGACCGUUGCCCUGUUCUCUCCAAAUACCGUAUGGUAUCCAUGCUCCAUGUUCGGCGUGCUACGUGCCGGUGGUGUGGUCUCUGGUGCCUCCCCUGCAUACAACGUUGAAGAGAUGAGCUACGCCUUGAAGACUGCCAAUGCCAAGUUCCUCUUCACCGUUCCCAGCAGCAUGCAAGUCGCUGCAGCUGCGGCCAAGAAUGCUGGCAUCCCACAAGAGAGGGUGUUCUUACUUGAGGGCACACUAGAAGGCUUUACCACCAUGUCUGAGCUUCUGGAAAUUGGCAAGUCGUACGGCAAGACAGGCCAGAUUGAACAGUUCAAACUACCACCCGGAAAGAAGAAUAAGGAUGUCUGUGGUUUCCUGUCCUUCAGCAGUGGAACCACUGGCCUACCCAAAGCCGUCAUGAUCGCACAUUCCAACGUGAUUGCACAGUGUCUACAGAUCCAACAAAUCUCCCCUGAUACUCUCCGGCGUAUUCUGGCCGUGUUGCCUCUGUUUCAUAUCACGGGUCUCGUACAUCAGAUGCAUCUACCUGUUCUGUUGAACGCGAAUGUCUACAUGCUACCUAGUUUCUCAAUGGACUCGAUGCUCGCCACAGUGCAGGAAUACAAGCUGGAGGAAAUGCUACUAGUGCCUCCCAUCCUAAUUCGCAUGGUCCGGGAUAAAAAGACUAUCGACAAGUAUGACUUGAGCUCGAUAAAAAGGUUCUCCUCCGGUGCUGCUCCUCUGUCGGCCGAAAUCCUAGAUCUGCUCCAGAAGCAAUUUCCAGGUACGGGAUUUAAGCAAGGCUAUGGCAUGACAGAAUCAUGCUCGUGCAUCACCGCCCAUCCUCCGGAUAAAUAUGACUACAAGUAUGCCUUCCGGGUUGGCACCAUCGUGGCCUCGACCGAGGUGAAAAUCGUGGAUCCUGAAACGGGCAAGGAGUGUGGCUUGAACGAACCCGGAGAAAUCUGGGCACGCGGGCCGCAAAUCGUUAUGGGCUAUCUCAACAACAAGAAAGCAACCGAAGAAACAUUCGAUCGGGACGGUUUCCUGCACACAGGCGAUAUCGGAACUUUGGAUAAAGAAGGACUGAUCACCAUCACCGAUCGUCUGAAGGAGAUGAUUAAGGUCAAGGGCAUAGGCGUUGCGCCGGCCGAGUUGGAAGAUCUCCUUCUCGGCCACGAAGACGUCGAGGAUGUAGCUGUGCUCGGCAUUCCUGACGACUACUCGGGCGAACGGCCUAAGGCCUAUGUGGUUCUGAAUCAGUCAAAGCGCAACAAUCCCACAGAAUCCGGAAAGCGGCUGAUCAAGUAUGUCCAGGACAAGAAGGUGCGCCAUAAAUGGGUCACGGAGGUCGAGAUCAUCGAUGAGAUUCCGAAGAGCCCUUCGGGCAAGAUCCUGAGAAGGGUGCUCAGAGACAUGAAUAAGGCGGGCAAGAAGGGUGUUGUGGUGAAAGAUAGCAGGGAGAGGGCCAGGCUGUGA